GUGGAGCUGAAAUGAAGAUGCAUUGACAUCAACACUAAAGAGAACAUGCUCCAUUCUAAUAGCCUGAUGUUACAUGACGAAGAUCAGAAGUUCCUAAUCCAUAGGAGUCCUCGGUAGCAGACAUUCCCAUGAUGUGGUUGCUUUUAACAACAACCUGUUUGAUUUGUGGAACUUUAAAUGCUGAGAGAUUCUUCAAUUUGGAAAAUGAAGCGAAUCCUGAAGUGUGGAUGAAUAUUAGUGAAAUCAUCACCUAUAAUGGCUACCCCAGUGAAGAGUAUGAAGUCGUCACUCAAGAUGGAUACAUCCUCAGCAUCAACAGAAUUCCCUAUGGGCGAAGAGAUACUAGGAGCAUAGGUCCCCGGCCAGUUGUGUACCUGCAGCAUGCACUGUUUGCAGACAAUGCCUCCUGGCUUGAGAAUUAUGCCAAUGGGAGCCUUGGAUUCAUUCUCGCAGAUGCAGGUUAUGAUGUCUGGAUGGGGAACAGUCGGGGGAACACUUGGUCAAGAAGACACAAGACACUGUCAGUGGAUGAAGAGGAAUUCUGGGCCUUUAGUUUUGAUGAAAUGGCCAAAUAUGACCUCCCGAGAAUAAUAGACUUCAUUGUAAAUAAAACUGGGCAGGAGAAGUUGUAUUUUAUUGGACAUUCACUUGGCACUACAAUAGGUUUUGUAGCCUUUUCCACCAUGCCGGAAGUGGCACAAAGAAUCAAAAUGAAUUUUGCCUUAGGUCCUGUGGUGUCAUUUAAAUAUCCCAAGGGCAUUUUUACCAGUUUUUUCCUACUUCCAGCUUCCGUAAUCAAGAAAAUUUUUGGUACCAAAGGUUUCUUUUUAGAAGAUAAGUCAGAGAGGCCAUCUUCUAUCAAAAUCUGCAACAAUAAAAUACUAUGGAUGCUAUGUGGUGAAAUAAUGUCCUUAUGGGCUGGAUUCAACAAGAAAAAUAUGAAUAUGAGUCGGAUGGACGUGUAUAUGUCACAUGCUCCCACAGGAUCGUCAAUACAGAACAUCCUGCAUAUAAAACAGCUUUACCGAUCUGAUGAAUUCAGAGCUUACGAUUGGGGUAGUGAAGCUGAGAACAUGCGUCAUUACAAUCAGAGUCGUCCUCCACUGUAUGACUUGACUGCCAUGACGGUGCCUACUGCUAUUUGGGUUGGUGGAAAUGAUGUUCUUGUAACAAUCCAGGAUGUGGCCAGAAUAAUUCCCCAGAUCAGGAAUCUCCAUUACUUCAAGCUAUUGCCAGAUUGGAACCAUGUUGAUUUCAUCUGGGGCCUUGAUGCUGCUGAACGGGUGUACAGUAAAAUCAUAGAUUUGAUGAAGGCAUAUUCCUAACUGCGAUAAUCUACUUUUCAGUUAAAACUUGCUUCCAAGCCCAUGAGGCUUUGGAAAAAAUAAUCAACAGUGAGGCUGACUCCAGCAUUCUCCACCUUGUUGAUGUUACUGAGUGUUACCUUAUCAUGGAGUCUCAAUGGGAAAUUAUUUCAACUGUGCUACUCUUUCUCUAAGAAAUGUCCACACCUGAAAUAUAUCUUUUCCCCUCGCUCAGAGCUAGGUCCUCUUUUUCAUUCAAGAAGAUCUGGUAAUGGAUAAAAAAGCUGUGGUACAUAU